GGGGAAGAGGAGAGAAAGAGGAGAGAAGUGGAGGAGGAGAGGAGAAGGGGAAGAGAAGGGGAGGAGGGGAGUACACACCUCAGCUUAUAUUAGAAGGAGAAAAGGAAGGUGAGAACCGUCGGAGUGGUUGUAAAGGAGCUGAACUUCUCAGAAGAGACUUCCUGUCAUGUUUACCUCAGUCCGGAACCUUUGUGUUCAGGACACAAUGUCCAGGCUACUAUCCUCAGAGUCUGGACGCUGCCUAUGAAUCCGUCCAUACAGCCGCUGCACACACCGAGCCCUGUCUCUUUUACCGUACUUUGUUGUUGGUCAGGAGGGAGGCACAAAGGGAGCUGAAAUGCAGAAUGUACCGGAGGAAUGGAGAGAAGAACAGAGGGCUGGAGGAGGAGAGGUGGAUGCUAAACCCUGGGAGGGUAGAGAGGCCUUAUUCCAAAUUAACACUGUUAACGCCAAACAGGAUAUGGACACUGGGAAAGAGAAUGGAGAGACCGGGGUUAAGGAGAGGAGGAAGGAGAAUGUAGAGAUGAUGAACGAAGGGGGAAAGGGGACGGAGAAAGAGUCGCUGAUGAUGGAGCUGACCCGUUUGGUUCAGAAGACAGUGAAGGAGAGUAGCUGGUGGGAGAGGCGAGGCAUCGACAUCACUAUCCUGGUCCUGGCCUUUCUCCUGUUACCUCCAGCCUUUCUGCUGCUGGGCUCAUCCCAGGUCCUGGUGUUUUUCCUGGGCAUGGUGCUGAUGGGGGUGUCCCAUGCUGUCAUUUCCAUUAAGGGAACCCACCUGGCCAGCCACGGAUCGCUGAGCGAGUCCCCCGCCUGGGCCGAGUUCUGGGCUGUGUUCUUUAUAGAGGUGUGUGGGUCGUUCACAGCAAGGGCAGGUGUAACAGGCCACAUUAAGAUGCAUCAUGCCCACACCAACGUGAUCGGCCUGGGUGACUCCAGCACCUGGAAGAUACCCUGUCUACCCCGGAGCGUCUACCUGUUCAUCGCACCCCUGGCUAUACCCAUUAUCACACCUCUGGUGGCACUAGGGCAGCUGAAGGACCACUCGGUGAGCCAGGCCCUGAGGACAGUCCUGAUGGUGUCCCUGGGGUUCUACUCUCAAUACUGGCUACUGAUGAGUGUGUCUGGGUUCCAGUGUCCGUACAGCAGCCUCCUCUGCAUGCUGCUCUGCAGGGCCAUGUUCUCUAUACCUUACAUACACGUUAACAUCUUCCAGCACAUCGGCCUGUCCAUGUUCUCCCCGACCCGCCGGCCCAAGAGGAUUUACCAGAUGACCCACGGGGUUCUGAACCUUCCCCGGAACCCCCUGCUGGACUGGACCUUCGGACACUCCCUCAUCAACUGUCACGUGGAACACCACCUCUUCCCCUUCCUCUCGGACAACAUGUGUCUCAAGGUAAAGCCCAUCGUGUCCCAGUAUCUAAAGGAGAAGGAGCUUCCAUACCAGGAAGACACAUAUCUCUCCCGUCUGCAGCUCUUCUUUCACAAGUACCAGGAGCUCAUGGUGUUCGCCCCGCCCAUCACCGAGCUGGUGGGGGUGCAGUGAUGGAGGGGGGAAGGAGAGAGGGAGAAGGAGAGAGGGAGACGGAGAGAGGGAGUCAGAGAGAGGGCGACAGAGAGAGGGCGACAGAGAG